CAGAGCGCGCGAAUGGAAGAUGUUCCGGUUCGACUACUUGCCGAUUUUAAAUGUAACCGCGCAAAGGUAUAGAUCGUCAGGUCGGCUACAUUCAGAUUACGCAGGACAAAACUCGUUGGCUACCACGGCCGCGGCACUGGCACCUGUGCCUGUGUCAGUUUUCUAUGUCCUUGCGCACGGUAUACUUAUUGAUCCAGCGAUACUUAACGAAUAUCUGCCACCUAAUAGUAAUAGCGGGCAAACACGCUUCAACCACACCCACAUUUAUCGCGACACCUUAUACUCUUAAUUCGUAUAUAUUCCACUUUCGGUUCCGAACACUGUCUGACGCUUACGCUGUAGCUUUACGGUACGUUUUUCCGAAGAUCGUAUAUACUUACCCUUUGAUAUGUGUUUUUUAUCGCGACGUCGAGUGAGAACGUGGGAAAAUUGAAUCCGCCAAAUUUCGAUCUAACCAAGGAGGAAUGUCUUUCGUAAUAGAAAGCCGAACGACCAAUGAAAUAAAUAAUAAAGACAGGGAACAUUUCCUUUCCUUAGAGAUGAAGGAAGAUUAUAGCUUUAAGUACAUACCCGAAAGUCAUUUUAAACAUAUAGUAAAAAAUGUACAAAGGCAGAGACGUAAAGAGGACGAGGAGCGUAUUUGGGCUUCAUUCGUUAAAGAACAGGAGUUAAAUAAUUUGAGGUUUGAGAAGAACGAUGUCGAUCGCUCUUUGCAAAGUAUGAAGGAUCUCUUGCAAGAAAACAUGCAGGACGUGGAUAGAGAACUAAAAAGACUGGAGGAAGACGCCCUCCCCGAGAGGACCAAAGGAACGCGCGAGACUCAGAAAUGCGACGAUAAGAACGAAACGAUUUACACGAAAGUGGACAGUAACGAAAAUGAUUGUUCGAAGGCUAUAGCGUCGACGAAGAACAAACAUGGAAAGAGUACCAACGCCAACGUUUCAACUCGAACCAUGUCCAGGGCCAACGAUAUUUCCACCCGCAAAGAAUCCGAAGCGCUAAAAAUAGUUUUCAGAUCCGAGGCUAAAAAAUCUCUGUCCGAUUCUUCUUUCACGGAGAAGAGAUCGUACACGAAUCAACUUCUUCGCGCGACCAAUGAUUUCGCUAAUAAUUCCGAUACGGAUUUUAGCAACUACAGAGACGACGACGUCAUUUAUGUGGAACCGGAUCCCUUUACCGUGCAAAAGCUUCUGUCUAUGCAAAAGAAAAUUGUCGAAUUAUUGGAUGAAAUUUUAUUUAGACUAUGCAGAAUUCCUUUGCCGGAUGGCGACAACGAUUUGAAAAGGAGGCAACAGCAAACGUUGGAGUUCGCUAUAAGAUUUUCGAGAAACUAUUUGUAUAAUCUGAACAGACUCGUAUCAAGUAUCGAAGGACAUGUGAAAGGCGUGUCCUCUCGGAUAGGACUGAAACAAUAUCAUAGAAAUGUCGCAUUUCAUCAAGAUAUGAUCAAGCAAAAACUAAUCACUGCUCAUCAACUACUGGUGCAAGCUCUGACCGCUUAUUCGAAGCAUAUUCCAAACUCCAUCGUCGAGGGUCACUCUACGAAACUCCAGGACGUGUUGCAGAUCGUCCGCAGCUUGACGAACACUUGCGACAAAAUCGAGAUCUCUACCAGUUACUACUGUUCGGGAGAUACCACCGCCGUACCGUUGGGGAAGACGCUUCAAGAUAAGUGCGAUGCUAUUUUAUCUCGAUUAAAGUUAAAUUUAGAAGAGAGCAAUUGCAAGAACGUCGAAUCGACGGUAAACGUUACGCGAAUACCUUCGAGUACCAAGGGUCGUUCCAACAGAAAAAAUUUAUCCAGCCGAUUAAGCAUGUACAGUAUGGACAUUAAACUAUCUAAGAAUAACCAAAAGAGAAGAAACGAUUCGAAAAGAAAAAGUAUUCGAGAUUUUGUCCUUCGUCCUUUGUUUUACGUUACAAGACUAAGCGUAUGCUUUUCAGGCUGCGUUCGUCAGAAGGACACUGGGAGUAACGUUAAAGAUGUGAAAAGCCUCCACGCUCAACAUUAUUCGUUACCGGAACUAUUGUAUCCCAGCCCUAUAACACACACUUCCUCUUCCAGAGAAGUCGCUCAGGUCGACAGCGAUGUGAAGAACACGAACUAUUCAAAAGAGGACGAUAUCGCGACAAUGAUGGAUGGAUUAGAGAUAGAUUCGGAAAACGAUAGUUAUGUACAAGUUCAAACUAAACGUAAAAUCGUAACGAAUGCCGAUGAACAAUCUGCUACUGUACAAAAGAUAUCGCCUACGGACACAUCGAAGUUAACGGCAAACACGAAAGACAAAACGGGAAGGAGUAUCAAGGUGGAUAGCGAGGCGAACGAGGAUGAUUUAGUCAAAAAAGUAUCUACGAUCACCAAAGAACAUUUGGCUACGUUAGCUCCUGUGAUAAACGAUUUACUGAACGAUCUCAUUCCGAAGAAGCAAAAGCAAAUUGAAACGCAACCGGUAUCGGGAACGUCCGUGGAAACGUUGAGAGAACUUCUACAGAAAUUCCAGUCUCCCAAAGAUUCGGAUACAAAGGCACCUAUAACGGACGAAAAUCGAGAAGGCAGACCUUACAAAUCGAAGAAAGGGCUAACCAGCGAAACUGAAAAACGCGAUGAGAACGUUCAACUGAUCUGCGUAUCUUCGACGGAAAGAGUUUCGAGAAUGACACGGUGCGAUGCUUCAUGUCAAUCGGAGUAUAGGAUCGGAUCAAAGGCCCCUAAUAGCAAAAACUUGGCAGAUCCAAAUGUUAACCACACAACGAAUCUAAUCGUUUCAAAACAAGUGGAACUACUGUUCCUGGCGUACAGAUCCGAGUAUAGAAAGCUGUGCCGAUCGAAGCCGAUGUAUUCCAGCAGUACGCAGAACAAACCUUGGGACAUCGUGGCAUGGGUUUCCGACAAAUUGAUAGAAGAGUUGAUAAUCGAAAUAACCGAAGAAUUACAGAUGGACGAUAUAAUCGAGAAAAUGUUUAAGAUGGAAUUUCGAGAGUUUUAAAAACGAUGACGUUUGUUCGCAGUGGAUCCAGGCGAAGCAUCACAUUUACGAAGCAAGCAACUUUUCAAAGACUUUUUAUUUAAAAUACAAUUUUUUAAAUAAAUUAUUACUUUGUA